AUGAUGGGAGAGCUGUUGCCUCUGUGCUUCCAGAAGCUGGAAAGCGUGCAGGCCAGUGGGGUCUGCGUCAGGGUGACAGGAAGGCCAAACCCUGUGCACACUGCCACCGGUCGGGGCACCGAGGCCUGCACCACCCUGCCGGUGUCCCUCGGCCAGAAGGAGCUGAUAUUAAAUAACAAAACGCAGCAUGACAGGCUGUUGCAGGUUCGAAUAGCCAAUUCCCAAGUGAAUUGCUUUGUCGGCAGCUCUGACGGACGUGCCUUGCGAGCGGGGACUCCGGUUGACAGUGCCCCACUCACUCUGUACGUCUGCCAUGAGUCGCUCUGUGUUUCGGCCUCAAGAUCGCUGCUAAAGCCCUGGGUGCCCGGAAGUGUGUGUGAGUUAAAGCAAGCCCCAAAGACAGUUCCAGUUCACGGACAACAGGAGCCAGAUGAGAAAUCCAGCAGAUCCCGCUCCUCGAAGCCGCCCCCUCCCCCCCACCCCCCCCAGUCUUACUCCUUCCUGCCCCGGGGGGCGGGGCCCGGGGGUCGCAGGGUCGCCCGCGGAGCGCGGCGGCGCGGAAGGGCCGCCUCCCCCCGGGCCCGCACGGCGCUGCAGCGGGACGGCGCGCGCACCGAGGCCCCGCGGCCGGCAGAGGGCGCUGCGGCUCCCCGGCGGCGGCGCGGCUGCGGUCUGCGGGGCGCCGGGCCGGGAGGAGGCGCCCGGGCCCCGGCGUGCGCGUCUCGGGGCGGCCGGGAGGGGGUGCGCGCCUCUGCCGCCCCGCGCCGCCCUCCCGCGCGGGCCCGCUCGCCUCCCCGGGGGCUGUCACCGCCGACCGCACCUCGCGAGCGAGGCGCGCGGGUGGCGCGGCGCGCUCCGAGCCUCGGGCUUCGCCGCCGCCCGCCCCGCCGCCCGUCUUUGUCCGGGCGACGCGGCCGGAGGAGCGGCGGCCGAGGCGGGGCGCGCCCGGGCGCGCUGUCGACGGGCCCCGGUGGCCUCGGAGCGGCCGGAGCCGGGAGGGGGGCGGCGGCGGCGGCCUGGGCGGUGCCGGCGCGAGGUGAGUGCGGGGGCGCGGAGCCGGCGCUGCCGGCGGGCGUGGGCGGCCGCCGAGGCGACGGUGCCGGAGAGCGCGCCGCAGGUGCGGGGGCGUCCCUGGCCGCGCCGCCUCCGCUGCCCUCUCCCGGCAAGUUUGUCGGGGUCCCCGCUUCGGGGAUCUCCGUGGCCGGUCAGCGGAGUACACGCCCGUCGGUAAAUAGAGAACUCGAGCUGGAGGAGGAGGAGGAGGAAGACGCGGAGGAAGCGCGUCCGCACCCGGUCCGGGAUGCGAGUCUCGUUGAGGGCAGUGGUGGCUUCUGGGACAUCUUCCUUGGCCCUUUCCCACCCAGGUUUCCACACCUGGACCGUCAACUAAGGCAGAUUGUCACCAAUGGCAGUAAAACUCGUUUUCUGGAGGUCAAGAAGGAAGAGACAGGGGGCACAGGAGCCCUGAGAGGGAAGAGUGAUAGUGACUGGUCCCAAAGAAAAGGCAAAAGGACCCACUUCUGAGAAGGAGUCAGGAGAAGGACUCAGUGGGAUAUCAGGCCUCGGUUAGAUUCUAGAAGACAUUAAAGAUAACUUGAGACUUUUAAAACUUCUUUUGAUUAUGUCACUGUCUUCCUUGUUUAUUAUUUGCACCGUGUCCUCGGUCUCAUUACUGCUCUGGCCAAUGCCAGGGAAUUGAUAAGCAGUUGGUAGGGGGGUCUCACAGGGCAGGCCUCGUUGCCCUCCCUACGUGGCCUGAUUCCUCCCCCUGCACUGUCCGAGGAAACCAGGCAGCUGCCCUGAAGAUCGAUGCCACUUUGCAGUUAUGCUUUCUAAGGCCAGCCGGGCCCCGUAUAGCUCCUGCACCUGGGCAUCCGCUGUCAGCACCGCUCAGCCUUGGGAGAGCGGGAGGGGAAGGUUCAUCUAGGCCUUCUCCUCGGACACACAGUGGCAUUUACUUACCUGGGCUUUCUGCCUUGGCUGGGCUCGGCCCUCGUAUAUUUGACAGCCCCCUCCAUAACCCCGCAGGACAAUGCUCAGAUUCCUCAGCAGAGUGUUCCUUUGCACACUCUGUCUUCGAUCUGCAUUUCCUGCUGCCUGCUCCUUUUUUAGUUCAGCUGUGGAAGUAUGUAUUAAAUGUGUGCUUUGUGAUAUUUGCCAAAUAAAAUUUGGUUUCAUGUUUUCCAAGAAAUUACCACCUGAUGGGAUAGACUAGUACGUAAACAGUGGUUUAAAGCGAUGUUACAUGGGAAGCAUGGAGGUGAGGCUCCCUCCUUCCUAAGCCACUCAUAGUUAGUAUGUCUGGGGAUCAGUCAGUAUUGAGUUGAUAUUGGUGUUUUAUAUCUGUAGUACUGAAUGACAACAAUUGCUGUACCGGAAAAUAAUUUUAGCUACCGUAAGAGCUGUCAGAGUCAAAAGAAAUAAAUUAUACUCAGUGGUGUGUAGUCUGGCAGGACAAGAGACUAAUACAUACCGUUGACCCUUGAACUUGUGGGGAUUGGGGGCCUGUCAUCCCCCUGGGCAGCUGAAAAGUCAUCUGUGACUUUUGAUUUCCCCAAACUUAACCUCUAAUAGCCUGCAGUAGACCAGAAGCUUUACUGACAACAUAAACAGUUAGGUUAUAUUUUGUGUGUUAUGUGUGCCGUGCACUGUAUUCUUACGAUAAAACAAGCCAGAGAAAAGAAAACGUUGUUGAGGAAAUCAUGAGGAAAACACGUUAAUGGUACUAUGCUGGGAAAACCCACGUAUAGUGGGCCUAGUCAAACCCAGGCAAAGGCCAGUCUCCCACAAAGGAUUUUCUGACCUAAAAUAUCAGUUGUGUCAGAGUUGGCAAAGCUCUGGUCUGGAUGCCUGACCUAUGUUGCUUGUAUUCACUAGAGAAUUUUAUAAGAUCUCAAAUCAAGUGUGCCCAUAAAGAUAUUUAAAAAGAUGACUUUGAACCAAAGGGGGUUGGAGGGCUAGAUUACAGGCCAGGUGAUUCGUAGCAAUUUUUCACUGGUGAUGGUGACCCUCUUUUAUUUUGGCCUUUGCUACAUGUCUUUUUCAUUUUUUUUAACAAGCUUUCUUAAAAAUCGAGGCAUCAUUGACAUACAAUAUUUUGUGAGUUUCAGGUGUACGACAUUGUGGUUUGAUAUUUUUAUCCAUCACAAAAUGAUCACCCUGAUACAUCUAGCUGUCACCUUACCUGUCACCCUACAAAGUUAACACAAUUAUUGACUGUAUUCUCCAUGCUGUACAUGAAUCUCUGUGACUUAAUUAUUUUAUAACUGGAAUUUUGUAUUUCUUGAUCCCCUUCACCCAUUUUGUGUCCACCCCUCUCUCCCCUCCCCUCUGACAA